UGAUCCCCUCUUAUUCCAAACACUCUCCCUGCUCGCAGAUCUGUCAACCCACUUUCUCAAGCAUUGCGCUCGCUCGCUCUGGUUCGUUUCAUUGCUGUUCGAUGCCGCAUCAAUCGGUUCGGCAACUCGACCCACUCGCCUCUCAACUAGGGCUCCAACUUCAGUGACCGACUGCCCACAGAGAUAGCCCCACUAUUUCCCGGUUGUGACUAUGAGCACUGACUCAUUGUCAUGGACAAUCCAGGUAGAGAGGGUGCUACCAAACAACAUAUGAUUGAUUGUUAUAUACAAACUCUUGCUAAGGUUGUCAGAAGUGAAGCAGAAGCUAAUAAGAGGAUUUAUAAUGUUUCUUGUGAGAGUUACUUUGGAUUUGGGGGUGAUAUUGACGAGGAGACAUCUAAUAAACUAGAAGGGUUGCCCGACGUACUGUUUGUCCUCCCUGAUUCAUACAUUGACCCAGAGAAUGAGGAUGAUGGCGGGAGAUCGUGCAGAGAUCACCUGAAAGACAGAGAAGGGUGGAGUCGCAGCCGUAGAGACACCAGGAUAGACCAAGAUACAAUGAUAGAAAUAGGUAUGUCCGGCGUAGGGAAGAUCGGUGUUGAAGGGGCCAUAUUAUACAUCAAUCGUAUAUUAGGAUCAUUUUAGUCCCCUUGGGAUUUUGGAUCUUUUUGUUCGAUGGUUGUGUGUGCCGUUACCAACUUUAAAUGGCCUUAGUAAUAUUUUGAUUAUAUUAAUCUUAUCAUCCCUUA